AUGUUCUCCCAACGCAUCCGACGAACAUACCGCUCCGCAGCCCGCGAUAUCUGGCGCAAAAACCCCAUUUUCUUCCCCUUCGCGCUUAUAUCCAUAAUCGCCGCCGGCGCACUCUCCACCUACAUUCUCGGCGUAUUCUACGCUCGCGCCACCCAAGUCGACGAAAAAGUUAAUAGGUUCCCACCCGCAGUCGCCAAAGAACUACGCAGAGCGCUGUACUAUACAGAGAUCAACCUCGAGCCUCAAAAGGCAUUGGAGCAUUACAAAGCGGCUUUGCAGAUUGCGAUGGAGAUGGAUAUGCAUCCGUGGUCUGAUGAGGUGAUGGGCAUCAAGCUUCAGAUGGCUGAUAUGCUGGUGAAGGCCGGGUAUCAUGAAAAGGCUGCUGAGUUGCUGGGUCGGAUUGCACAGCAGGGUUAUGAAUGGGUCGUUAGGACGAGGGAGCGAUAUCUCUUUACGUUACCAAAGGAUAGAAAAAUUGUUGAUCCGAAUUUGAAAGAGAUUGUGCAGCCGGAUGAAGAAAAUCAGGCCUAUGAGCUGGGACUGGUUGAUCGGACACUCAAGAAAGUUAUUGGGACGUUUCUGCUUCUUGGUGAGUUGUACGAGGACGAGCAUAUCAAGAAUCCAGCAAAGGCGUUCUCGACGCGGAGAGCUGCGCUGCAAAUGCUUACGGAUGAAAUCGAGUAUCGUCGACGUCGAGGGCUUCCUGCCUUGGCUACCCCGGAAGAAGGAGACAAUUGGAUGACUGCCGAGGAAGUUGGGCACGUCAUGUCUGACGUCGGUGAGACUUGGCUGCGGGCAGGAAGACCAGACAAAGCCCUGGAACUGCUCAUGCCGUCAAUAGCGAUUAUGCGGGAUGUCGAGGGUAAAGAUGUCAGCUGUCGACAGGUCGUUCUUCUCGCCAACAUUGCAGCUGCUAUGUUCGAUCACAAACCUGCUCAACAGGAAGAUGGCAAGAAACAGCCCGUGGUCAGCGUUGAGAAACAAAUGGAAUCCUCUCGAGCAUGGGCUCUCAAAUCAAUUGAAGUUUCGAAAAUCGUUCAUGAAGAUCUCCGCGAUGAGAGUUGUGAUAUGGGAUGUGCCGCUGCCGCAGACGUUCUAUCAGCCAUUGCGGAAUGGCAAGGAGCAGACGAGGAGGCUCGCAAAUGGCUUCGUGAAGAGAAGCGGUAUUGCGAGUCGGCGAAUUAUGUAGAGGGUGUUGAGAAGGCGGUUAAAAUGCUGGCGCAGGUUGAUCGAAUCUCGAAGCAGGGGCAGCAGCAGCAGCAAGCCAAGGGACAAUGA